AUGGGGGAGGGAUAUUUCAUUUCCCCUUCACCGAUUCCCUUCCCACCCCAACUACACCCCCCCCCCUCUUCUCCAUGCCCGCAGAGAGACAACGGCCCCUGGGAGACCCUCCCGGCAGUCACCACGAUCGCGCUGGGCAACGCCAACUACUAUGGAGGCGGCAUGAAAAAUAAAGAUCCCGGCCCCUGGGAAACCCUCCCAGCUGUCACCACCAUUGCGGUGGGCAACGCUAACUUCUACGGGGAAGGCAUGAAGAUCUGCCCGCAUGCAAAUCCCUGCUCGGGAUCCCAGGACGUGCGUUUAGGGCUGCGGGGCGCUGGGAUAGAUGGCGGUCAAGGUGGGCACCGCUAG